CGUCAGUGAACCUCACAUCAUCAGCACAGCGCUGCUGUCGGACACAGAGCGAGCAGAGAAGCUGCUGCUGGGUUCAGAAAAUGGCCGACAGAUUCUCUAGGUUCAACGAAGAGCGUGAUUUCCAGGGUGGGAAUCACUUCGACCAGUAUGAAGAGGGCCAGUUGGAGCUGGAGCAGGCGUCCCUGGACAAGCCCAUCGAAUCGGAUAACAUCGGGCACCGGCUGCUUCAGAAACAUGGCUGGAAGUUGGGGCAAGGCCUUGGCAAAACCAUGCAGGGACGCACCGACCCUGUGCCCAUUAUCCUCAAAUAUGAUGUCAUGGGGAUGGGACGCAUGGAGAUGGAGCUGGAUUAUGCAGAAGAUGCCACAGAGAAGAGAAGAGUGCUUGAAGUGGAGAAGGAGGACACAGAAGAGCUGCGGCAGAAAUACAAGGACCAGAUGGAAAAAGAAAAAGCUAUUGCAAAGGCUCUUGAAGACCUGAGAGCCAACUUCUACUGUGAGCUAUGUGACAAACAGUACACCAAACACCAGGAGUUUGACAACCAUAUUAACUCCUAUGACCACGCUCACAAGCAGAGGCUGAAGGAGCUUAAGCAAAGAGAGUUUGCCCGGAAUGUGUCAUCCCGGUCCCGGAAAGGUGGAAAGAAGCAAGAAAAGAUGCUGCGUCGAUUGCAUGAGCUCGCUGAGCAGAGGAAACAACAGGACCGAACUCCAGGAAGUGGGCCCAUGUUCAAAACCACUACAGUUGCUGUAGAUGGAGAAAAGGCUGAAGACAGUGACACCAUGACACCUGAGAACCCUGCUGUGAUGGACACUAUCCUGGAAGCAUCGCUGCCAGACACAAAUGAGGAAGUCUCCCCAAAGCCAGCACAAACCAUCAGCUUCUCUCUGGGCAAGAACACUGCCUCCUCUCCGACCUCUAGUGCUGCAUCCAAAGUCAGUGUGUCCUUCUCGUUCGCUAAAAAAGCCCCUGUGAAGCUGGAGACAGCAGCAGCGGUGUUCGCUGAUCUCGGCGAGGAGGCGGUGGAAGAAGAGGAGGGCCAAGAGGGAGAAAAGGCUGCAGUGCAGGAGGAGAUAUCUGUCUGCAGCUCAGACAGUCCGAAGGGGGGAUCAGAAGGAGGUGAAGGUGGAGGAGGAGGAGGAGGAGGCGGAGGCGGAGGAGAGGUCAGCAGUUUGGCAGCUACAGAAGAGGAGCAGCAGGCUGAUGACGGAGCCUCUCUAGCCUCCACCCUCAACAAACUGAAAAUGAUGAUGAAAAAAGAGGAAGGAUAUGCUGGACAGGAGCCUCAGUACUAUCACUACAUACCCCCGGCACACUGCCGGGUGAAGCCACACUUCCAGUUUCUGCUUUUUAUGAAGGCCACAGAUCAGUGUCCGAGCAAAGACGAGGCAGAUGAGGAAGAGGGGGCAGCAGAGGAAAAAGGAGAAGACUGCUCAGAACAACCGGAGACCUGUGUUACAGAGUGCGUGACUGAAAAAGAACAAGAUAAUGUCACCUCAACUCCCGAUCCAGACCCUGCUCCUUCACCUGAAGUGAAGGCAGAGGAUUCAUCCUCGUGUGUAGCAGACAUAGCUUCAACAGAGCCCCCCUCCCCGGCACAGAAAGCUGAAAGCACACAGGAAACGGAGGAGCCAAGCUCUGGUCCUAAAAUCCCCACAGGUCCUUUCUUCCCUGUUUUGAGCAAAGAUGAGAGCACCACCCUGCAGUGGCCCUCGGAGCUCCUUGAAUUUACAAAAGCGCAGCCCUCCCUGUCUUACAGCUGCAAUCCUCUCUACUUUGAUUUCAAACUGUCCCGCAACAAAGGAGCUCGUGGUGGGAAAGCAGUUAAGUCCCCCAAGCCAAGUGAAGAGUCCGAGGACAAGGGCCAAGAGACGGCCACCUUGACAACUGACGGAGAUACGACUAAAGCUGGGACCAGCACUGACAAAGACAAGCCAGAGACGAAGGGAGAGCCUGGCCAACCAGAAGGUGAUGAGCAAAAACUUGCAACAGGCAGCGCUAAUGCCAAGAAGAAAAAGAAGAAGAAGAAGCACAAGAAGUCUGCAAAGCACUCAAAACGCAAAGGCAAAGAAAAGGGAGCAAAAGAAGAAGGAGAGGGAGAGACUGAGGCAACGCAGGAGAAGCCAAAAAAGAAGAAAAAACACAAACGGAAGAAGAGCAAAAACAAGGCGCCAGAUCAAGAAGAGGCAACAGCUGAUGACAAGGAAAGAUCAAAACCUAAGACAGAGGAAAAAGCUGUUGUCUCUGUUCAGCUCAUGACUGGAGGAGGAGGAGGGUCUACAGAAAGCACAGGGGUAGAACCGGGGAAGAGGAAGCGUCCUGCUAAAGAAGUGCCUUGCAAGACUGGAGCUGAAGAAGGAGGAGCUGGGAAGGGCACUGAGAAGGCCAACUCCUCAGAGGAGCACAGCAGUGCCAAGAAACAAAAGACUGACUCCAGUGCACCUCAAAGUGCCUCCUGCUCAACUUCAGCUAAGAAGAGUCCCGGUCCAGGUAGACCUCCAAGCAGUGAAAGUGAAGAAGAAGGGGGCUCUAAUACUCAGCGCUCUCGCCAUCACAGGUCAAGUCCUCGGGAACAACAACGCCGUCACCACAGCGAUGAAUCAAGGCGAUCCUGCAGCCGCUCCUCAAGGCGUGGGGACAGAAGGGGCAACAGUCGAGGGCGCCAUCAUGGCCAAAAGUCCCGCAGUCACUCUUACUCCAGCAGCUCUGAGCGGUCCUCGGCAGGAAGCAGCGCUUACAGCUACCGCAGCCGCAGCUACUCAGACAGCUACAGCGACUACAGCACAGAGGGUCGAAGACGCAGGCGCUCAAAGCGGUCGUCGGACUCUGAAUAUGAGCGAAGGGGAAGUCGAGGACGUAGACGAUCCAGAAGGCACAAGUACUCCUCUUCCUCCUCAGAAGACUCCCGCUCACGUUCCCGCAGUUACAGUCGCAGGAAGAGGCACAGGCGGCACCAUCGGAGCAGUUCAAGAAGCUCUAGUAGUUGGAGCCGCAGCACCAGCGCAAGAUCCUGGAGGCGCAGUUACAGUCGAAGCCGCAGCUCAGCGAGCCGCUCUUCCAGCUCCACCAAAGGCUCCUCACGUCGACGAGCCCCCCGAAGUCGAGCAGACAGUGACACUCGCCGCAGAGACUUCAACCGCUCUCACAUCUACCGCUCUCAAUCUCCACGCUCAUCUACAUCCCGAGGCCUUAACCGCAACACGCAUUCAUCAAGCUCACUGGGUCUGAGGCCAGGGCCAUCUCGAGAUGCAGGGGAACAGAAGAACUCCCUCACUGCUCGCCAGCUGCUGGAGAAGGUUCAGUCUAAGAAAAGCUCUGACGAUUCAACCACAGGAUCAAAAUCUGGGCUGAAGAUAAAGGACCCUCCACAGGGUUACUUUGGUCCCAAACUACCCCCGACCCUGGGGAGCAAAGCCAUGCUGCCACUCUUUGGGAAGCUGCAGGCAGGGAAAAAAGCCACUGAUCCCCCUCACCAGACUGAUGAUGGAGAGAAAUCAGGAGCAGGGAAGAGCUCAGAGGCGGAGCAAGAGAUCAUCCUGGUGGAGCCUAUAAGGGAGUUCCCCCCUCCACCACCUCCACCAGCUCCACCCGUACAGAAGGUUGAAGAGACUCCACAGACCACAGUGGUGCUGGAGGAAACCCAGCUCCCUGCUGCUGAAACACAGGUGCAUCCUGAACCCCGACUUGUUGAACAGGAGCCUUCCAUGAUGAUUUCUCAGUACCAAGGAGAACCGGGACAAGACCCUUCACAGAACCCCAUGAUGGAGUCCCUGAUGCCAGAAAUGCAGCAGCAGCCUCAAAUGCAUGCCUACCCCGCCUACCCACCACCCAGCUUGGAGGAGGAUGGCAUGGAGGCAGAGGAGGAUGGACUGGCUCCUUUGGAGAGUCAGCCCAUUACGUUCACUCCAGAGGAGAUGGAGAAGUACAGCAAGCUGCAGCAGGCUGCACAGCAGCACAUCCAACAACAGCUUAUGGCCAAGCAGGUCAAGACAUUUCCCUCAGCUGCAGCGGCUGCAGCGGCUGCAGCAGCGGCUGCAAACUUAGCCCCGCCCCCCCCUCCACCUGCCCUGCAGCAGAUCCACAUCCAGCAGCCUACUGUGUCUGUGGCCUCUGGCACAUCCAUCACCACAGUGCAACAUGCCAUCUUGCAGCACCAUGCUGCUACUGCUGCAGCCAUGGGCAUCCACCCAGCUCAUGCCCACCACCCACACCCUGCACAUGCCCAACUAGCCCAGGUACACCACAUUCCCCAGCACCACCUAACCCCCAUCUCCCUGUCUCCUUUAGGCCACUCCCUCAGUCAUUCUCUGGGACACUCACUUGGACACGCAGGGUUAAUUCCUGCCCACCCGACAGCCUUCCUCUCUGGACAGCCCAUACAUAUAAUCCCAGCAUCUGCACUUCACCACACCCCUCUUGCCCUGCACCAUGUACCUCACGCUGCCCUCUACCCCACACUGUUCACACCCCGGCCCUCACAAGCUGCUGCAGCAGCAGCCCUCCAACUCCACCCUCUGCUUCACCCCAUCUUCUCAGGGCAGGACCUCUCCAGCACCCGCCUAAACCAUGGCUCUUGAGAAGUGUUAAAGUGAAGGAGUGUAUUCAUAGCACCAAAUCACUGGAGGAAAGACUUUUUCCAAAACCGUCUUGGUUUGUGGCCGUAAGAUGAAGUCUUUGUCACAUGCAGGCAGUGAGACAGGAAGCGUCAUUAAACCAACAUGUUACUGGCCUGUACAGUGCAGCAAGUUGUAGCCACAAAGUGGUGCUGCCUGUUUUGGGUCAUGAUUGACACAACCCGUUUAUUCUGGCUCGUCUUUUUUUGUGUUUUCUUUUUUUUAAUUUUGUAUUUUUCCCUGAAUUUUUGGAUCAGGGUCUUGAGUUAAAGAGACUCCCUCGAGAGACUGGUUUAUAUUCCAGUUUUAUCGUACACUUACACCAACUUGUUUUGAUUAAGUCAGAGAAACCACUGGAUUUUUUUUUUUCUCCCACACAGUUGUUGCUCUUUUUGGAAGCCAAAAGGAGAGGUACUGACUGAAGCUAAAGCAGAAUCUUGUGAGGACUAAGUGUUUUUGUUGUAGGGACAAACUGCUUAGAUUCUGUUUCCUUCAGACAGACUAUUUAGAAUAACUGAUAAUAUGUUAUUGUUCUCAUAUGACUACUCACUACUAUUGGAUUCAUGGUCUAAAAUAAUUUGUAAUGCAGUAACUUGUACAUAUAUCAGUGUGUAAUGUGAAGAAUCACACCAAUGGUCAUAUUUAGAUUUACAGCCAUGGUGUCCAAAUUUGUACGACAUGUUCACAUAGGACCCCCUCUGUUAGCGAGGGGCAGUGUGAUGUGGGGGUUAAUCAUCCCUGAUGCUCUGAGGAAAGCUCAUGUUCCCUGUGGUGACGGGACGCCUGAAUAAAUUGCACUGAAAUAUGUACAUGGAAGUGGUGCGUGUGCAUCCUGUAACAAUACGAUUGUAGUAUACUGCAAUAAUUGUAUUUUUCUGUUUUUAAAUUAUUUUCUAAAAUGCUCUUUGAAAGGAGCUGUGUUUUGCUUUUGUGUAAUUUUGUAAAUAUAACUGCUGUAGAUUAACCUAUUAACACUCUAGAGGUUGAGAUUGGCAUCGGUAAGAACAGAAUGACCAGAUGGACGGACGUGUGUAUUUUAUGAAGGUUGUUUCCCAAUGACCCCGGCUAAGAUCGCUGAGAUGAUAGAAGAAUAAUGAUUGGUCAAACAGUAGCAACUCUAUUUUUUAAAUACUUACUGUUUCAGCAAAUAAAAUCUUGAGUUCA